GUCACUUCCGGGUUCUGUAUAGUAUCUUGCCGUAACGUCGGUUGUUCCGCUACAGAUGCUCCCAGCUGCUUUCCAGAUGUUUUUGUCUAAAGUGCUUUUAGAAAAAAACGUGAAAACUGGGAUGAAAGAGGUCGCCCAAAGCUGAGUUGACUCUUGUGCCUGGGUCUUUCUCUCUGGACCAGCGAUGGAGGGAGGAGAAAUCGCCAACCUCUUUCCCCGGCUAAUACGGGAAGGGAUGUUUACUCUUCUCAAAGAACAGAUUGAAAACGUUGCUGAUCUGGACAGAGACGUGAGGCAGAAGCACUGGGAGAAGUCGGGAGACACCUUGCUCCACUUUGCAGCCAGGCACGGCAAGCUGGAUAUCUUGCGUUACCUCAUUGAGAUCCUAGGAAUGAACGUUGAGCUGGUGAACCAGGACUACAAGCGUCCCCUCCACGAAGCUGCCUCCAUGGGCCACCGGGAUUGCGUCUUGUACCUUCUGGAACGGAGAGCCAUUGUGGACUGCUUGAAAAAAGCCGACUGGACUCCUCUUAUGAUGGCUUGUACGAGGAGGAACUUGGAGAUCAUCCGAGAUCUUGUCCACCAAGGUGCCAACCCGCAGCUAAAGAACAAGGACGGUUGGAAUUGUUUCCACAUUGCCAGCCGCGAAGGAGAUCCAGGGGUCAUCCAAUACUUGCUGGAUGCUUUUCCGGACAUUUGGGAUACAGAAAGCCGGAUCGGAAGGACCCCCCUCCACACAGCAGCGAUGCACGGGCGCCUGGAAGUCGUGAAAAUCCUCCUUGAAAGGUGCCGCUACACGCCGGACGUUCGGGACCACUGCGGGAUCACCCCUUUUGUGGACGCUAUACAAAACGGCCACUUGGACGUUGCCCAAGUGCUUCUAGAGAGAUACCAGGCUGACUGUAAGAUCCGAGAUGCUCUGGGCAACCAGCCGUUGCACCGAGCUGCAAUCACAGGACAGGAGGAGGCGCUACAGUUCCUGGUGUCCGAUCUUGGGGUUGAUGUCGAUGAAAAGGCCACGGUCCUCGGUCUCACUGCCCUGCAUUAUGCGGCAAAGGAAGGGCACAAGGGUACGAUCCAAUGUCUGCUUUCCUUGGGGGCGUCCCUGCAUGUGCAGGAUAAGAAGCAUCGAACUGCGCUGCACAUGGCUUCUGCAAGACAACACGCACCCUGUGUGCGUUUCCUCCUGCAGGCAGGUUUAAAGGAUUCUCCAGACGACACCGGGAUGUACGCCAGGCAGCUGGCGAAGAAACCUGACCUUCUCCAGCUCUUUGAGGAGAACAGACUUGGUGGGAACGAGCAUUAAAAAGACACACACACACACACACACACACACACACACACACACACACCCUAAUUUCCAACUCUUUUCUGGUAUAACAUAUGAGCAAAAGCUUCCCAGAGGCUCUUUCCCAAAAUGUUAUAAGGGGGAGGAGUCUUUUAGUCGAUGGGGAAUUCUGGUAGUUGAAGGCCACACAUCUGAAAGUUGCUGAGGAUGAGGAACAGUGGCCUAGCGGCUAGCCCAGUGGUGGCGAACCUAUGGCGUGCGUGCCAGAGGGGGGCGCUCGGAGCCCUCUCUGGGCACGCGUGCCUCGCUCUUUGGCUAAGUUUUCACAGAAAAAAAAGCUGUUUCUCAAGCCCCUUCCUAGCCAAAACAAGCUUCCAGAGCGAGCGGGCUGUUUUCAGCUUUGA